AUGGCGACGCAACCAAUCUUGAGCCGGCCGAGGCCUGCUCCCGCGCCGUUUGUAAUCGAGCCGACCGCUCCCCAUACCCACACAUUCAUCCUCCUCCACGGCCUUGGCUCCAAUGGCGAGAAAUUCGGCCGUGAGCUUCUGGAGACGGGGAUCGGCUCUGAUGGCCUCGACCUGCCGUCUCGGUUUCCCGGCGCAAAGUUUAUCUUCCCCACGUCCCGACGUCGGCGCUCGACGGCGUUCCGGCGGUCCAUGCUCACGCAGUGGUUCGACAUCGCCUCCCCCGACGACCUGUCCGAUCGCAGCCACAAGCAGCUCGCGGGGCUGCGCGAGUCGUUUGCCGAGAUACUCGCCAUCGUGGAGGCGCAGGCAGAUUGCGGUGUCGACGCGGGUAUCCCACGACAGAACAUUGUCCUCGGCGGACUCAGCCAGGGCUGUGCGAUGGCGCUCAUAUGCCUGAUUGCGCUCGAGCGGCCCAUUGGUAGGUUUGUCGGCAUGAGUGGCUGGUUGCCGUUUCAGAAAGAGAUUGAAGCAAGAGCGGGUGCCGGAGCAGCUGCUGUAGACAGGUCGGAGCUUGAAAGUGUGCUUCUUGGUGGAGCAAACACGGCGAAAUAUGGCCCCCACAGGUCCCUGGCCAAUGGUAUCGACUACGUGCGAGAGCUGCUGCAGCUGGAGAAUGUCGUCUCUGACGGCACACACGCGAUCCUGUCAACGCCCGUAUUUCUUGGCCACGGCACGGCCGACGACAAGGUCAAGAUUUCGCUUGGCGAAGCAGCGCAAUACACAAUGUGCCGGCUCGGAUUUGACGUGGCAUGGAAAGCCUACGCAGAACAGGGCCACUGGUACAAAAUCCCAGACGAGAUCGACGACAUUGUGGCCUUUGUCUCUACAAAGUGUCGGUGGAUUGGUGACAAACAGCCGGAUAUGUCGGGGAACAGUGAGGCAUAG